ACAAUUAAUCAAAGAACCUCCAAAAUAAAUCCAAAUCUCUAUUCAACAACCCCUGUUUCAAGAAUCAACCAAGGAAUCCCAAGCCAAUAAAUGACGCAAUCUAUCGGUUCGUCAGCCUCGGAACAAUUCAGAGCAUAAUCGUUCCAGGAAUCUAGGCGCGGGUGAAAAAACAUACGAAUUCGAAAGAAGAGGCACGAAAAAGGGAGACGACAGACGCGCGCGCAGAUGUGCCACCCUGACUCGUCCCGAAGAAGAAGAAGAAGAAGAAGAAUCAAGUCUGAAGAGCGAAGAACGACAAGUGCAUCGAUGCACAAGUGCCACCAAGAGCAUGUAUCUCUGUCCCUCGAGGGGGAACUAGGCACGGCCACGCGAGUGGGCGGCGCGUACCCUUCUCGAAGGCCUUCUUCCCUUGCUCCUCCAAGACGUAGGGCGCAAUGGUGGUAGGGGAUCUGCUCCAGCUAGUCGCGUUGUCUGCUGGAAAAACGGCGCGAUGUCUUGUCCCGGUUGAUAGUCGUCGCGUAGACGCGGGAACGGGUGUUCAGCUGGAUCCGAGAGUGCCUUAUCUUCGGGUCACCUCGUGUUGCAUCACGUUCAGACACGUUCCCUGCUUCCGUUCCUUCCUCUUCGCGAUUAAGAUCACGCGACCGCGCGCCACGCGGCUCCCGACCAAGUGAUAAGCUCAUUCAAAGUAUUCAUUUCAUCGAAACGUGGAGUUCUUGUUUAAAAAGUUGGAUCCGUGCGACUGAUCUCCUCACGAUGCACCUCGAGGACUACCACGUGAACAGGGGCGAAGAGGACGUCCAACGCGCCUGUACGAAGAGUAUCAAGCAGGAGGACUUCAACGGUGUGCAUCUAGCCCCGAUCGCCUCGAUCAACACCCUCGGCCAGCAGCCUUGCUGGCUCGCUUCUCAGAUGGACGGUGUCCCCUCGCCCAUUCUGCCGAACAAUUCCAGUCCGAGGGAGUACAACGAUUGGGAACAACUCGCGACGGUGUUCCAGUAUCCCUGUCAACAGUACUCGACCGAUAAUAGAUCUCCAGGGAGCACCGGAAGCGAGGCAACCACACCGACCUGGAUCAUCCACAAUGACGCGGACAACUCCCAGAGGCUGCCCCCCGUCGGUUCUGCCUUCUCCUUCUCCAGGAGCUUCAGUAACACCGUUUACGCGGAGUAUCAAGGUUACCAGGAGUACCAGGAGUACCAGGACGACGUGUCAGUGUCCUUACCUUUGAUUCUGCACAAUCAAGAGGAUCAAGGAUUCACCGGGUCAAUGCAGGCUGCCACUGAUGAGUUCGAUCUGAGUUUGAUCAGAGGCGAUCCUACGUCGCUCUUGUGCAACGUGGAGUCUCCUUCCUCACCCUCGUCCACUUAUCUCGACGAACUUCAGGAUCCCUUUUCCAAUGUCAAUGGUGCGUGUUACGCGGUCGGGCACCUGGUUUCCGGACAACAGUCCACCGUUUCGACGUUGAACUUUGUUAAUGACACGGUGCUCAACGAGGGAUUCGGGAACCAGGUUGUCCUGCCCAGGAACGAGGGGUUGAUGCUCACCGAUAGACGAGUUCCGGUGUCUAAGUCUAACAUUGAGGUGGAAAAGAGAAGCAAAUCUUAUGACUGUUCAACGACGGACGACAACUUGACGUCGACGUAUCAGUGCCGAUGGAUAGAUUGCGGCUGCGCUUUCGCCGAACAGGAGGGUCUCGUCCGGCAUAUCGAGAGAAGACACGUGGAAUCCUCCUCCUCGAACUCCCACGGGCACGGCAGAAGGAUUCAAAGGGACAGGGACAAGGAUAAGGACAAGGAGGGUGAUGGUUUCGCGAAUUCCGGUGGACAGGACGAAUUCGCCUGCCUCUGGCAAGGGUGUCCGCGUGCCAGACCCUUCAAUGCCAGAUACAAGCUGUUGAUUCAUAUGAGAGUGCACAGCGGGGAGAAACCGAACAAGUGUCCGUUUACUGGCUGCAAGAAGGCAUUUUCAAGGCUGGAAAAUUUAAAAAUCCAUCAGAGAUCGCACACAGGGGAGCGACCGUACGCUUGCCAGCAUCGCGGUUGUACGAAAGCGUUCAGUAACAGCAGUGAUCGUGCGAAACAUCAGAGGACACACUACGACACGAAACCGUACGCGUGUCAGGUGAGCGGUUGCGGGAAACGAUACACGGAUCCAUCGAGCCUUCGAAAGCACGUGAAGAACCAUACAGAGCCAACGACUCCUCUGUCCAAUCUCUCGUUGACGUCCGAGAAUAAAGCAGCCGCGAUUGGUAAUAAUUCCAGCUGCUCGUCGCGACAAGAUCCGAUUUCGAACGCGUCGAAACAUCAGCAACCGCAUACGUCACUCCCGUUCCACGGGGAAUCGAAUUAUCGGACGUAUAAGACUUCGGAUUCUUAUCCGGACGAGGACGCGGACCUGUUCCAGACGAAUUUGUGUCAGGUCGAUAGGAUUUCCAUGAGCCUUGACAGUAAUCAAGAGUACGUGCCGAUCGAGUCGGUGAAGCGUUUUCUCAUCGACGACGUCAGCUCGCACGUGGACGGUACAGGAUACCAAGUGGAAGAUGAGGUUCCUGAUUUCCAGGAGCUAGGCUCCGACAUCGAGCAACAAUUUCUCGAACUGAGCAACCUGGAUGAUGCUGUAUUCAUCGAUGGUUGAGAUGAAUUCUGAAGAAUACUCAAAUCGAUCUCAUGGCAACUUGUUGCCAUAAGGUACACCUCUGUAUAACGCAAUGUUUAUUUAACAUUAUAAGACGAAAACAUGUAUUAACUACUUUUAUAUUCAUUAUGUUAUACAGAGGUUUACUCUACUUCCAAAGACUUGUUCCCAUCUUUUUAUACUUGAU